AUGUUCAAGAAAAUCAGAUUAGAAAAAAAUGAUAAAAUUCAAACACCAAGUAAUCACACUAAAAUUUUUCAACCUUUUCGCGCAAUAGGAUAUUUUGCAAAUGAUAUACCUUUUGAUAUUCAGAAAAGAGGAGACGUAUAUUACCUCACAACUUGUGUUGGUAAUAGUUUUCAUGUAUAUGAAUGCGGGAAACUAAAUUUGAUAACUAUAGGUCCUCAAACAAAUCAACCUAUUACGGCUAUUGCAUCAUUAAAUGAAGAUACUUUUGCUGCAUGUGGAAAAGAAAUCAUCGUUUAUCAUCGUGGUAAAGAGGUUACUAGAUAUACUGGAAAUAUCAAGGGAAAUAUAUUUUCGCUUAUAAUUUUUAGUAAUUAUAUUAUUGCUUUAAACGAUGAUAAUGUACUUACUUUAUGGGACCAUACUUCUGGAGAAUUUUAUGAUGAAAUUAAAUUUGAUGAGGAUUUUACUUUAUCAACGGUCAUCCAUCCAAGCACUUAUCUAAACAAAAUAUUGAUUGGUAGUAGACAAGGAAAAAUGCAAAUUUGGAAUGUUCGCACAAAGAAAAUGAUAUAUUCAUUUCCUUCAUUUGAAUCUCCAAUUACUUUCCUUACACAGUCUCCUGUUGUGGAUGUUAUCGCUAUUGGUUUACUUAAUGGAACAAUAAUUUUGCAUAAUAUUAAAUUGGAUGAGAGUAUAAUGUCAUUAAAGCAAGAGGGAUGCGUUACUUCAAUUUCGUUCAGAACUGACGAUAGGCAUGUCAUGGCUUCUGCUAAUAUGCAUGGAGAUAUAUCUAUGUGGGAUCUUGAUAAGCAGAAAUUAUAUAAUGUGAUUAAAGGUGCCCAUGAUGGAUUAAUUCCUUCAAUGCAAUUCCUUAUUGGACAACCAAUAUUAAUAACAUCUGGCGCUGAUAAUUCGAUUAAGGAAUGGAUUUUUGAAGGGCGAGAUGGAUUUGAACAUCGUGUUCUUAAGUCGCGUAGUGGCCAUCAUUCACCUCCAACAAAGAUCAAAUAUUAUGGGUCUUCUGGACAUUUCAUUCUUAGUGCAGCAGGAGACAGGUCACUUAGAGUAUUUUCUGUAAUUCGCGAUUCUCAGAGUGUAGAAUUAUCGCAAGGAUCCAUUAUUAAACAAUCCAAGCGUUCAAAAAAGCAUGUUGAUGAACUUAAAUUUCCCCAGAUUACGGAUUUUUCAUCAUCCGAAUCUAAACAAAAAGAAUGGGAUAAUAUCCUUACAUGUCAUAUUAAUGAUUCAAGAGCUCGAACAUGGUCAUUUCAGAGAAAAGCUCUAGGAGAACAUAUUUUUAAAACUCUUGAUGGAACAUCGAUUAAGGCAUCAAAUAUAAGUGCAUGUGGAAAUUUUGGAUUUAUUGGAACAUCAUCUGGUGGAAUCGAAAUGUUUAAUAUGCAAUCUGGAUUACAUAGAAGAACUUUUGCUGGAAAUGAUGGACAUGUCAAAUCAAUAUCUGGUUUAGCAAGUGAUCCAGUUAAUAGAAUAUUAAUUAGUAGUUCUCUUGAUGGUACUGUUAAGAUAUGGGAUUUCCAUACAGCGAAAGUGCUACAUACUAUUAAGAUCAUGUCACCUAUUUCCACCAUGUUAUUUCAUUGCAACAAUGAUUUAUUAGCGAUUACUAGUGAUGAUUUAUGUAUACGUGUAAUUGAUAUAGAAACUCGCAAAGUUGUAAGAGAAUUUUGGGGUCAUCGGAAUAGGAUCUCAGAUUUGACAUUUAGUCCUGAUGGAAGAUGGAUUGUUUCCACAUCUCUUGAUACUACAAUUCGUACUUGGGAUUUACCUACGGGUCAUUUAGUUGAUAUCUUUCGGGUGGAAGACAUACCCACGAGUGUUACAUUUUCUCCAACUGGUGAUUUUUUGGCCACUUCACAUGUUAACAAUGUUGGAAUAUUUUUGUGGGCGAACCGUGCACAAUUUCAUAAUGUAUCCUUACGAAACAUAAGUGACGAUGAAAUAAUAUAUACAGUAGCGCUUCCGACUACAACUGGAUUGGAAAGUGAUAAUGAAGAUGAAUCUGAUGAAGUAGUUAAUGAUAAGGAAGAUGAAAAAUCAUUUGAAACUGCAGAACAACUCUCAGAACAAAUGAUAACAUUAUCAUCAAUGCCAAAAUCCAAAUGGCAAAAUUUGUUAAACUUGGAGACUAUUAAGAAAAGAAAUAAACCCAAAGAACCUCCAAAAGUAGAUGAUAAAGCACCAUUUUUCUUACCUACGUUGCCUGGAGUUGAUCCUAAAUUUAUACCAGUAAAUAAUUCAAAUGAUUCUAAAGACAAGGAAAAAUCCAAGAAUAUAAAAAUGUCUGAUAUUAAAGUAGAAACAGAAUUCGCGAGAAUAUUAAAAAAGAAUCAAGAAGAAGGAGAUUAUACAGAAUUUUUUGAAUUCACGAAGACUUUAAAUCCUUCAGCAAUUGAUUUUGAAUUAAGAUCAUUAAGUCUAGAAAAUAAUUUUUUAGAUUUAAAAUAUUUUUUAAAUGCGAUUGAAUUUAAAUUAAAAACAAAAAAAGAUUUUGAAUUAGUACAAGCUUAUUUAAAUCAUUUUUUAAAAAUUUACGGGGAUAUUAUUUUAUCAAAUAAUGAUGAUCAACAACUUUAUAAUCAUUUAACUUCUAUAUUAAAUGAACAUAAAAAAGAAUGGAAAAGGAUAGAAGAAUUAUUACAUUAUAAUCUCUGUGUAUUAGGAUUUUUUAGAAAAUAA